UGCCCCAGCUGCUGCAUUUCGCGGCGCACGCGCACCUCUCUUGACUUAAAGGUCACCUCGUACGCGUAAACACCUCAAAUAUACUUCAACGCGAUGGAUAAGUUACAAAAUAUUCUUAUUUUUGCUGCUGUGCUCGCAUCAGGAACUUGUAACACAAACAUGUUCGGUGGGCGCUGCUCGCGGCACGACCCCGCCGUGGACGCCUGCCUACUACGCGGUUUCAACUCGCUCGCGGAGCACCUGAAGGGCGGCGCACCGGAGCUGGGCAUCGAGGAGGACGAGCCGAUAGUGAUCGACGAGUUAUCGAUAGCCCUGGGGGGCGGGCCCGACGGCUACCGAGCCACCUUCAAAGACAUACAUGCCACUGGAGUCUCCAACAUGACCAUCACUAAUGUCAGGUCCGACCUGGAGACUCACCAGUUCCAGCUGACGCUGUUCGGGCCGCACAUCAGCGCGCGCGCGCGGUACCGCUCGUCGGGCGUGCUGCUGCUGGUGCGCGCCUCCGGCGGCGGCGACUACUGGGGCGAGUACGAGGGCGUGAAGGCUAAGGUGUACUUCCGCGGGGCGCCGUACGAGCGCGACGGGCGCACCUACCUGCGCCUGCAGCAGCUCAAGCUCGACUUCUCCGUCAAGGACAUCCAGAUGGGCGUCGAAAACCUGCAGAAUGGGAACGCAGUGCUGCAGGCGGCGCUGAACCUGUUCAUCAACACGAACGCGCAGGAGCUGCUGAAGGAGAUGAAGCCAGAGCUGAAGCGCGACCUGGCCGACAAGAUGGCGCGCUUCCUGGCACGGAUCCUCGACCACAUCCCCUACGACGAGUGGAUCCUCGACUGA